CCGGGCCGGCCAAUCAGAGGACGCGUUGCCGCCAGUCAUCGCUCACCUCGGAAAGCGUGUGACGAGAGGCGGGUGUUAGCAGAGGCCGAGCAAAGGGCGACUCCGAGUGUGGCAGUAGCUGGAAGGGAUGGACGGUGGUGGGCCUCGAUGAAAACUACAGCGCAGGAACACGUUGGAGACUCUGGCUGUGUCCUUUGCUGGUCCUGGGGUACAGCCAGGAUGAGCCGCAGUUCAUCAAGUGAUGAGCGUUUCUUUCCAAAUGUCUUUCCAAGGGACAUUGGAGACAACAAGGACAAGAUUAUGGACUCUGAUAACAAAAAGCUCUCCAAAGAGUAUUUGGAACGUACCCAAAAGAGCCUAGAGGUCCUGCAGAAAACCUUGGAUGUUGGUGUGGCCAAAGGUGACGGGCGUGGUGACUUCUCCGUUUACACUGGUACCAGUGGAUACAGCCUCCUUUAUCUGCACCUGGCCCAGCGCAGGAAGGACGAUGCCUAUCUCAAGAAAGCAUCAAACAUCUUGAAGAAUGCACUGCGUCACCUGAAGGGGCGUCGGCAGUCCUUUUUAUGUGGUGACCCGGGACCCCUGGCACUGGCUGCAGUGCUGCACCACAGAGAGGGUGAUGAUGACAUGGCAAACGACUGCAUUGCAAGAAUCAAGAGGAUGAAGGAGGAAAUCCUUAAUCCAGCCAGUGGUCUCCCGGAUGAGAUGCUUUAUGGCCGCGCUGGCUACCUGUACUCCCUCCUCUUGGUGCAGCGUGAGGUCAGUCCUUCGGCUGUGGACGACUCACUGGUGCGGGGUGUUGUGACUGCCAUUCUGGAUUCUGGCCGCUCACUGGCUCGGCAAAGGAAAAGCAGUGUUCCCCUCCUCUACCAGUGGCAUGAUAAAGACUAUCUUGGUGCUGCUCAUGGCACUGCAGGAAUACUCUUCAUGUUGAUGCAAGCAAGGAAGCAUUUGACUAAAGAGGAGCUGGAUGAGGUAGUGAGGCCGACCAUUGACUACCUUGCUUCCUUGUUUUUCCGCUCUGGUAACUUUCCAUCCUCCCUGGGCAGUGACCGGGACCGUCUGGUGCAAUGGUGUCAUGGCGCACCUGGGGCAGUAUACCUCUUUGGGAAGGCGUAUCAGGUCUUUGGUAAUGAGAGCUACCUGGAAGAGGCCAAGAGGAGUGGUGAGUGUGUGUGGGAGAGAGGGAUUCUCAGGAAGGGCUAUGGCCUCUGUCAUGGCACUGCUGGGAAUGGAUAUGCACUGCUUUACUUGUACCAGAUAACCCAUGAGCCCAAGUACCUUUACCAGGCUGCCCAGUUUGGCCUUUGGUGUCAGGAUUAUGGAACCCACGGUUGCCGCACUGCUGACCGCCCCCUUUCCUUGUAUGAAGGACUAGCAGAACAGCUAGACUUUUUGCCAGCAACAAAUCCUCCUCACUGCAACUGUUCUCAGUGUUACUGUUCUCCCAUGAAGCAGUAUCUCUGCUGUAAUCUCAUCUCACCUCUUUGCUGAUAUUGCGGUUUGACUGACGAAGUUGGAGUCCUCACCCUCGUCACUGGCUGACAGUCGCACGAUUCUGUGCGUGAGGUGCGUCUCACUAUUCUAAUAUUUUCCCAUGUAAUACACAUUAUUUAUAGUCUCUUUUUUGUUAAAUUUAGUGUUUUUUAUGUUUGUAUAUCAUUUAAGAGGGAAUGUUCAAUGGUAAGAGUUUCAGACCUGCUAGAGGAGUACUUUUCAGUCUUCCUUUUCUUCAAAUGUUUGGAUUUUUCUAUUUUUGCCUUUCCACCCACAGAGAUCCAAACACAGAAUUCUGACACCUUGGCAGUGGUGGUGAGAAUGUGGCCUCGAGUAUCUCAGCGCCUUUAUUUGGCAACCUUACCAAGAUGAGGCAAUUGUUUCUUUGAGUGAAUGGCCAUUGUAAAUCUCCAGUAUCAAUCCUUGUAGGAUUAAUGGUGAUUUCAGUCACAGGAAUUCCAGAGUGCUGUGAUGAAAUUAAUCAAAUGCUUUCUUGAGAAUGACAUUCCACUAGUAUGUGAACCACUACAUAAUUUGCUGACAUGCCAGGUGUGAACCACUUGGAGAGAUACAAGAAUAACUAGGCUAAAUUAGAUGCACAGCGGGGAUUAUAUUAAUUCAUGUUGGGAGGAUGUAAGGGGUGUAGAAAGGAUGUGAGGAGCGUAGGGAGGGUGUAAAGAAGUGUAAGGGGGUGUAGGAAGGGGUAAGAGGGUGCAGGGAAGAUGUAAGGGGGUGUAAGUAAGGGGUUUCGAGAUGGUAUGGAGAAAAUAGAGAUGUGUAUUAGGUGUCAUGGAUGUAACAUCAAAGGGAGUGGAUUGUAGAGUGGUUGAAUAGGUAAAACAUGAACUCUUGAGAUGGCUUGAACAGGUGAUGAGAAUGAGAGAGGAGUGUGAGUUUGUGAAGAAGGGUAUUAGGACAGGACUGAAGGAGAGGGUGUUGGGGGGAGGCCACCAGUGAAAUGGAGCAAUAGUGGACAAUUACUGGAGCGUUGGCAAGUGCGGGAUUAAAUGUGCUAAGAGGAGUGCCGGAACAGGAAAAGCUGGAGACGUUUAUGCUGUUGCCACCACCUCAAGGAGAAGUUUCAUUGAGAAGACAGGGUGUUGAGAAAUUGAUAAAAGUCUGUCAACACAAGAACAUGCUGGAUAUGACCACCAGCGUCCCUCAAGAUGAUCCAAAGGUAUUAUAGGCCUGUACAUAAAAGAAUAUAACAAUAAAGUGCACAA